CGCGUUAAUGCGAAUGUAAACUAUACUGUUCUAUGGUGAUGUGUAAGGUGGCUUUUCCGCAGCGGGUUUUCAGUACUCAAGAACGAAUCAGUGAGACAUAGGAAGCUUUGGUUUAAUAGGAAACGUGCGGUCUUUCGCAGAUUACGAUUGCCGAGGCCGACUGACCCAUCAUUUGGGCGUGAAGAACGGUGUAUCGUGCCAGUACUCGGAUUCCUGCCCUGAGUUCUGCAGUGCUCAUUCCGGUGCGAGGACAUAUCUGACGCCUCUGGAGACAUCGUCUAGGUUUCGUAUGUUGCCUUUUACAUUGUGCGACUCUCGGAAGAUCUGGGGUGUCGUGUGCUGCGUUCUUCUGGCAAUAGGGAUGAUUGCCGUACUUCUCUUUGCAAUGCGCGGCUCAGAAGGUGUGGAUGACAAGAGCGGGGAAUCUGCUGAUAACAGCGGCGGUGGCAAUGAUGACACUGGUGGCACUGGCUCUUACUCUAAAGGUCCUUCUGCACCAACGAGUACCCUGCCCAAGAAAACUACGACUGCUCCCAUUACGGCGAAAAAGACUAGCAGCAUGCCAGCAAGAAGCACUAGUACCCCAGCUAAGAGAAGUACAACUACAACUACGAUAGCACCGCUGGUCCCGCCCCUGAUGUGCUCGGUCAGCGAGACGGCCAUGCAGCCGUUUAUGUACCCGGAUGACGGCCUCUGUGACAUCAUCAUCUACACCCACUUGGUAAUACUAAACAACACAUUGCGGUCUCUCGUUUAUCCAGAGAGUUACGACACGUUCCAGAACGUCUGUUUUCACCGGUAUGCGAAGACGAGUUGUGGGAUAUCGUUCAACGCACGGUACAUCAAGCAUGACCAGUUGACGAAAAAUGAAAUGCAAAGGCUCGAAAAGAUUCGACCACAUAAUAUCAAGCAUUAUGGCAUUCUGAACAUUUACGGCAACCUCAAAGAUGUCGCGAACUUUUCAGCGGAUUUGGGGCCUAUAACCAAGAAACUUAGGUCGCUCAUCAAAGACUCGCACUGGGGAGUAUCGUCGCACAUUAUCCUCGGCUUUGGAUUGGACCGAUAUGACUCCCCCACCUCUUAUUCUGAUCUUCAAAAUUCUGCGAAGCGUUACACCCCGAACGACGUGUCCAUCGUGGUUUUCAUCACGAGUAUAUUGGAAAUGCCGGAUCGCUACAUGUGCAAAGCCCUGCCCAAUAAUGCGUGGAAAUCUCCGAAUAGAGCUACUGCACAGUUGGCGGAGUUUUUGCCUCUAAAAGGUUCUGCCUUCAAAGCGAAGGCAAGUAUAGUGGCGUUUGCAUUCCAGAUGGGCUUGCUGACUUAUAACAUGAGCAAAACCUAUCAAAAGCUGACUGAUGCGAUCUACAGCAGCUGCGUCGGCUUUACCAUAUCAAGUUUAUCACAGGCAUGCGAGAGAGUAAACAUGUUCCGGCAAUUACUGGAACAAGAAAAGAUCGUCGCUGGCAUCAGUAGUUUUCGGAACUGGACUUACUUCUACACCUACGAAACAGCGAGUACGUUACUGCCGAAGGCUGAAUUGACUAUGAGCAGCAAGAACAAAGACCGCAAGUUCAGUUGGUUGUUGCUCAACGUGCACCUAACCGACCUCGCUAAGCUCUGCGCCAAACCUCCUUUCUAUCGCUUGAAGGAUUUCAGGAAAUUCUACUAUGAAUACAGUCAAAAGUUGGUUUCGGGAUAAGCUUCCACGUCACAAGCAGUCGCCAUCGACUUCCUGAAGAGUGUGACACGAUUCACUCCUUAACUCACUCCUUCACUCCUUUCUUUUUUCUCCUCUUUUUUUCCCUUAACGUUUCCCACCUGCCCUGCUGCUGUCAUUGUAAACGGAACCUGGGGCCAGUCAAGCUGCUUUUCCGCAGCUCUCUUCCCCUUGUUUUUCCGCCACUACCAUGAACCUCCUUGCUUGGGUGAAGAAAUAAAAAAAUAAAUAAAAGCAAAAACAUA